AUGGGCAGUUUGAGGGAGGGGAGAGAGGGUUCUGGCCUAAUGCUGACCUUCCAACACGAUCACUGUGACUAGCAGAAAGUACAUAUUAUUCUUCAUAUGUGGUUUAGCCGUGCCUUGCCCUAAGCCUGUAUUUCCAUUCCCUGCAAUGGGAAAUAUAUCUGAAAUCCGGCUGCAUCAGUAGUAUGACAUAAAAUAUGCCAGUUCUGGAAAUGAGCCUUAAUUAUUUAACUGCAUGUGGAGAAAAGCGUGACAGGAAUGAAUUUUGAGGAAGAUUUGAUGCCCAGGCAAUUGCCUGUGGAUGACUGGGAUACCAUUGAAGACUUUGAUCCUAGUGUGCCACCCAGAACACCCCAGGAAUACUUGAAAAGAGUUCAGAUUGAAGCUUCGCGAUGUCCUGAAGUAGUAGUGGCAAAAAUUGACCCAAGAAAGUUGAAGCGGAAUCCAACAGUGAAUGUCUCACUAUCAGGAUGUCAACCUGCCCCUGCAGGAUUUUCUCCCAGUCUUCGUUGGCAGCAGCAACAAGUAGCUAAUUUUUCAGUCCUCCGACAGAGUAUUGCCAAACACCGGGAUCAUUGGAAGGCACAACCUUUGGACAGUAAUGUAAUGCUGCCAGCAUCUGAUGAUGAAGAAGGAUGGAAGAAGUUUUGUCUUGGAGAAAAAUUAUACUUUGACUCAUAUGUAUCACCAAACACUGAUGAGACUGAUAGCCCAGGAAUUGACUAUGUGCAGGUAGGAUUUCCUCCCUUGUUGAGCAUUGUCAGCAGAAUGAGUCAGCCCACUGUAUUUAACACAUUGGAGUAUCUCAUUAACUGGUUUGGAGAUAAAAAAUUAUAUCCAGAAUUAGGCAGAUGGUUGUACGCACUGUUAGCCUGUAUAGAAAAGCCAUUACUACCUGAGGCCCAUUCACUUAUUCGACAACUGGCUAGAAGAUGCUCUGCAGUUCGUGCUAACCUAGAAAGUCCAGAAGAUGCAGACUUAUCAGCAGUGAAUUUACUUAUUUGUUUAGUUGCCAGGUAUUUUGAACAGAGUGAUCUUGCAGAUAAUGAUUAACAUGACGGCAGUCUGGAAUAAGAAUUCUGCUAUAAUUUUCAACUUGCUUAUUUCAUUAUCCUUUUUAAAAUGUGGAUUUUUCUAUUUUGAUGGACAAACAGUCUGAAAUUUGAGGAUAUUAAACAAACUGCAGUGACAUAUUUAAAACUGAAGUUAAAGUGCACAGAUGAAAAAAUAUUGCCAAAUAACUUUGUUUUGAAUAAAUAGUCUGACUAGUUUUGGAA